AUGGCAACAGACGGCCACUCCGAUAGAAGCACUCGUAGAAGAAUACGAGCUAGACACACCAAGUCGCGCAAAGGGUGCUUUACCUGCAAGGGUCGCCGAGUCAAGUGUGAUGAAAUCAAACCCACAUGCGGGAACUGUGCCUUGAGAGGAGAACCCUGUGACUGGCCCGCCGAAACUGACUCGCAGGGGCAUUGUACGCCGCGGCCACAGACUGACUCCCUCCGUGCGAAAGCACCCAAGGAUCAAUCUAAGCGCUGGGCACCGCAUCCAGACACAGCGUCACCACGCCCGCUGCAGUUUGAUAUCGCAUCAGAUGCCGCCGGUGGCCGCUCGACUCCCCUCCCCGGGGAGUUGAACAUGGUUGAUCUGCAACUCUACUCGCAAUUCAUGCUGCACACCUCCAAGCACAUGACGCUGAACUUGCGCCGGCAACACAUCUGGCAAACCGUCAUCCCCCGCUUCGCCAUGCGGAGCGAGGCCCUCAUGCAUCUCCUCCUGGCCCUGGCGGGGCUGGACUACGCCGCGGCUGGGACGGCCGAUGAGCAUUUAGGACUCGUAUCUCCAGACAUACAGAGCCAGCCCUCGCCAGCCCACGGCGACCACGACCACCGCCACCGCCACAACGACACCCUGGACGCCACGUAUCUUCGGAUCAUUAUCGAGCACCACCAACGCGGCCUGGAAGCGUUCAGGACGGAGCUGGCCAACCUGUCCAGCGCGAAUCUCCAUCUCGUGUUCGCCGGCUCGAUGUUGCUGGUCGCGUUCGCGCUCGCGUCCCUGCGCAUCCGGAACCUGAACGACGCGCACUUGCAGCCUCGCCAGCCCCGUCUCGACUGGAUCUUUCUCAUCCAUGGCCUGUGCACCGUCAUCAAGCACAACUGGCCGGCGGUGCGCAUGGGCCCGCUGCGAGCCAUGACGCAGUACGGCUACGCGAACGACGACUGGCGAAUGUGUCCGCGGGACGCGCUUUGCUCCGUGGCGUCCAUGCGUCGCGGGUGCUCACCGCGCCUGGUUGCGUUCUGCCGCGGCGCGGAUGAGGCCUUGACGCAGCUGGUGGGAUCCCAUGCGUCCUUGGCCGCCCGGGAGGGGCGGGCCCUGGCGGAGCAGAAGGCCGCCCUCGAGCUCCUGGAGGGUAUGUACAUGCGGACGCUGUACGUGGUGCACUUUUCGGACGAGGCGCGCGAGUCGCCGCGGGAUGUGCAGGCGGAUCUGGAAGACGCGGCGCUCAUGGCGUGGGCGGAGUUUCUGCCCGACGGAUUCUUAGAUACUCUGGCUGGCGGCGGAGUGGGUGCGACGCUGUCGUAUGUCAUUCUGGCGUACUUUCAUCUUCUCUUCUCGCUGUUUGAGUCGGUUUGGUAUGUUCAGGGCGGGUUUGACGGGGAGAUUGUGCAGAUCCAAGCGUUGGUGGAGAUGUCGGGCGAGGGCGAGUUGAUGUCGCUGAUGCAGUGGCCGGUGGCUGUUAUCGCUGUCAAUCAUGAUCAUCGCGGUUCAUCCGUAUAA